AUGAACUCUGCUAUCAUCAUCUUAUCCAUCUUGGUCUCCUUACAAUUAGCUAGCUCUAAGCAGAUUCAUGAAAAAUGUUUUGGUCAGAUUAGUCCAACUGGUUAUCUACCUGGUUUUAUUCCUAAUAAUCUAGGAGGUAUUAAUAUUCCAUUUACCCAACAAUUCUAUUACUCUAUCAACAACAAUUACGGUUAUAGCACUUGUAACUCUUAUCCCAAUAACAUUCAGUCUUUCGGAAACUGUGCUACUAUUGGUGCUUGCCAUGAGGCUUAUACUGGCUAUACUAACCUUUUGAGUGGUGUUGGUAAUCUGGCGGGAGGUCUUUUGAACACUGUUGGUGGUGUGGUGGGAAGUCUUGGAAACACUGUGGGUGGUGUGGUAGGAGCAGUGACUGGUUUGGUGGGAGGUGCGCUUGGCCUACUUUCGGAUGAAGAACUCAAGGAGAACACCAAGCAAGUUUAA